CUCUCUGAUCUGUUUGCACACCUUUUGUAGGCUUCUCCCUUUCUCACAAAUUCAAUACUGUUAUUCUCUGCUUUUUAUUUCCCAAAAGAUAAAUAUAUUUGAAAUAAUCGCUUAGGAAUCCAAGGAUUUAUUCGGCUCCGAUCGCUGAUAAAUUCCUUUUCUCCACUUGAGCUGAUAACUUCGAGGUUCUUCCGCAAGGUUUGAGAUGCUGAACAGCUAUUGGUUGAUUUUACUGGAGCUCUUAUGAUAUCUGUGAUAGCUGUAUUCCAUCCUUACUGAUAUUGGAUUGGAUGAGUGCUGGUCAUUGAUCUGCUGGAUUUGUAGAAGGGCAUUUUGGUGUGGCUUUAGUGUCAAUGGAGAGCUUAGCGCAGCUGGAACUGUUGUGUGAAAGACUUUAUAACUCACAAGACUCAACAGAAAGGACACAUGCUGAGAACACUCUGAAAUGCUUUUCCACAAAUAUUGAUUAUAUUUCACAGUGUCAGUAUAUUCUGGACAAUGCUUUGACCCCUUAUGCGUUGAUGCUGGCCAGUUCAAGCUUAUUGAAGCAAGUGACUGAGCAUAGUCUAUCGUUGCAGCUUCGCCUUGAUAUCCGAAAUUAUCUUGUAAACUAUCUGGCAAACAGAGGUCCUGAGCUGCAGCCCUUUGUCAUCGGAUCUCUAGUUCAACUUUUGUGUCGACUUACCAAAUUCGGAUGGUUCGAUGAUGAUAGAUUUAGAGAUGUGGCUAAAGAAUCAAUUAACUUUUUGAGCCAGGCAACAUCAGAUCAUUACGCUAUUGGUUUAAAAAUAUUAAAUCAACUUGUUUGUGAGAUGAAUCAGGCCAAUCCUGGGUUGCCUUCAUCACAUCAUCGAAGGGUGGCUUGUUCCUUCAGGGAUCAAUGCCUUUUCCAAAUCUUCCAAAUAUCCUUAACUUCAUUACAUCAACUUAAAAAUGAUGCCAAUAACCGGUUGCAAGAAUUGGCUCUCUCACUUUCAUUAAAGUGUCUUUCUUUUGAUUUUGUCGGGACAUCAAUUGAUGAAAGCUCUGAAGAGUUUGGGACUGUGCAGAUUCCAUCUUCUUGGAAACCUAUAUUAGAGGAAUCUUCAACAUUGCAGAUAUACUUUGAUUACUAUGCACUCACAAAGCCCCCUAUCUCCAAGGAGUCACUGGAGUGCUUGGUCCGAUUAGCUUCUGUUAGACGUUCUCUGUUUACCAAUGAUGCUGCACGUUCCAAGUUCUUGGACCAUCUAAUGUCAGGAACCAAAGAAAUUUUAAGAACUGGGCAAGGUCUUGCUGACCAUGAUAAUUACCAUGAAUUUUGUCGCCUUCUUGGAAGAUUCAGAGUUAAUUAUCAGUUGUCUGAGCUUGUGACAAUGGAAGGCUAUGGAGAUUGGAUACGCUUAGUUGCAGAGUUUACAUCAAAAUCUCUGUUGUCCUGGCAGUGGGCCAGUAGCAGUGUCUACUACCUUUUAGGGCUAUGGUCUAGGUUGGUGAGUUCUGUACCCUACUUGAAGGGUGAUGCACCAAGUUUGCUUGACGAAUUUGUGCCCAAAAUUACUGAAGGUUUCAUCACUUCAAGAUUGGAUUCUGCUCAGACAGGCUUACCUGACGAUAUUUCAGAGCAUCCACUUGACAAUGUUGACCUCCUUCAAGAUCAGCUUGAUUGUUUUCCAUAUCUCUGCAGAUUCCAGUAUGAAAACAGCAGCUUGUUCAUUAUCAAGAUCAUGGAGCCUGUUUUGCAAAUUUAUGUGGAAAGAGCGCAGGUACAAGGUGGUGAUAAUACUGAACUUUCUGUGGUUGAAGCCAAGCUGGCUUGGAUUGUACAUAUAAUUGCUGCUAUUUUAAAAAUAAAGCAAUCUGUAGGUUGCAGUGCUGAAUCACAAGAAGUAAUCGAUGCAGAACUUGCAGCUCGUGUUUUGCGAUUAGUAAACGUUGCUGACAGUGGGUUACAUAAUCAGAGAUACAGUGAAUUAAGCAAGCAAAGACUAGAUCGGGCAAUACUCACGUUUUUCCAGAAUUUCAGGAAGUCCUAUGUGGGUGAUCAAGCUAUGCACUCAUCAAAGCAGUUGUAUGCCCGAUUGUCUGAACUCAUUGGGCUUAAUGAUCAUCUGUUGCUGUUGGACUUUUUUGUUCGGAAAAUUGCUACAAACCUCAAGUGUUAUACAGAGAGUGAAGAGGUCAUUGAUCAAACCUUGAGUCUGUUCUUGGAGCUGGCAUCUGGUUAUAUGACUGGAAAGCUAUUACUCAAGCUGGACACAAUCAAGUUCAUUGUAGCUAAUCACACUAGGGAGCAUUUCCCUUUUCUUGAAGAGUACAGAUGCUCUAGGAGCAGGACAACGUUCUACUACACUAUUGGGUGGUUGAUAUUCCUGGAAGACAGUACCUCCCUCUUCAAGUCUUCAAUGGAUCCUCUGCUUCAAGUAUUUAUUAGUUUGGAAUCAACCCCUGAGACUAUGUUUCGAACCGAUUCUGUGAAAUAUGCUCUAAUUGGGUUGAUGAGAGAUCUGAGGGGGAUAGCUAUGGCCACAAAUAGCCGCAGGACUUAUGGGCUUCUCUUUGACUGGAUUUAUCCAGCUCACAUGCCAAUUCUGUUAAGAGGGAUCUCACACUGGGCUGACACACCGGAGGUGACAACACCAUUGCUGAAAUUUAUGGCCGAAUUCGUGUUAAACAAAACUCAGCGUUUGACUUUUGAUAUCUCAUCUCCAAAUGGUAUACUGCUUUUCAGAGAAGUUAGCAAAUUGCUUGUUGCAUACGGCACAAGAAUUUUAUCUGUUCCAAGUACUAGUGACAUAUAUGGCUUCAAAUACAAGGGAAUGUGGAUUUCCUUAACGAUUCUUUCACGAGCGCUUGCUGGGAAUUAUGUCAACUUUGGGGUGUUUGAACUAUAUGGUGAUCGAGCACUAGCUGAUGCACUUGAUAUUGCUCUCAAGAUGACACUAUCAAUUCCACUUGCGGACAUUUUGGCUUACAGGAAGUUAACAAGGGCGUACUUUGUAUUUGUGGAGGUUCUCUUUAACAACCAUCUUCUCUUUGUACUGAGUCUUGAUACUCACACCUUCAUGCACAUUGUUGGCUCGCUUGAGUCCGGACUCAAAGGUCUAGAUGCUGGUAUAUCAUCUCAGUGUGCAUCUGCAGUAGAUAAUUUGGCUGCCUUUUAUUUUAAUAACAUCACCAUGGGGGACGCUCCCACAUCACCAGCCGCAGUUAAUCUUGCCAGACACAUUGUCGAGUGUCCAGCACUGCUCCCUGAAAUACUGAAAACUCUCUUUGAGAUUGUUCUCUUUGAGGAUUGUAGCAACCAAUGGAGUCUCAGUCGGCCAAUGUUAAGCUUGAUUCUUAUAAAUGAGCAGAUGUUUACGGACUUGAAAGCUCAUAUUUUGGCUUCUCAGCCUGCCGAUCAACAUCAGCGCCUUGCAUCCUGUUUUGAUAAACUAAUGGUUGAUAUAACCCGAAGCUUGGAUUCAAAGAACAGAGACAAGUUCACACAGAAUUUGACUGUAUUUAGGCAUGACUUCCGUGUCAAAUAGCACCUUUUCUCUGUGGGCAUUAUCGUUCGUGUUGGAAUUAAGACAUCUCCGAUUGGUGUCCCAACCUCUCUUAUCGGGUGUGUUACCAAGCCUUAUUUUUGUGGUGCUAAGAGAGACUUCAUCGGUGAAAGAAGGGGAAGUCACUCAGUCUACAUUAGAAUCAGAUAAUUUUCAUGAUUGGGGCUUUUGCUAAGUAGUAGUACUACUUGCCUUUUUCUGAUCCCGGGUUAAAUUAAUACUAAUACAUAUAAUAUGGAAAGAGGCAUGUUAGAUAUGGUAGGUGGUGUAAUUUUGUGUUGUAUAGAUACAGGUUUAAUGUCUCAAUUUCAUCGUUGCAUCGUGUGCAUGCAAUCUGAUUCUUUAAUUUAUGGGGAUUAGAAAAUAUCGGUUGUAUAAAGUUCCCUCCCCCUUUUGUUAUAUCUCUUCCCGGUUUCCGCUAUGAUUAGAAUUUGCAGUUUGAACGUUUCUUGACAUCAUUAUUGUAUUGAUUUCUAAUGUAUUGAAACAAGAAAAUUCAAGCAACUCUAAGGUUCUACUAGUUAUUUUUCA